GUCGGUGAGCACGUGAUCUCGAAAGUUUAGAUGCACGUGCUUCAUGUCCGAGUUCAAGAAACUCGUUCUAAAACGGUUUCCGGCAGUCGGCGAGCCUGAAUCUGCGGAGAGUCAUUACUGGAAGAAGUUUGAAAAUCCGAUCACUAUAAAGGAGUAUGGCUCUGUUUCAUAUGUGCACUUUUCGCCGGUAAAACCGUAUGACGUCGCGGUGACAAGCGGCUCUAGGGUUCAGAUUUAUAGCCCCUUGAAUGGUCAAGUGAAGAAGACAAUCUCGAAGUUUAAGGAAGCUGCAUUUUGUGGGAGCUUUCGUGAUGACGGUCAACUGAUGGUAGUUGGAGAUGGUAAUGGGUCGGUCAAGGUUUUUGAACUUGGUGGUCGAGUUCUUCUGAGGCAGUUCAAAGGACAUACACGGUCGACGCAUGUCAGUUGUUUUUCGAUUGCUCGACAACAUGUUUUUUCGGCAUCGGACGAUCAGACGGUGAGAUACUGGGAUCUUGCAACGGAGACGGCCAUUUGUGUGCUGGAAGGGCACGAGGACCAUAUCAGAACGGGAACGACAAUCCAGACGACACCCGAUCUAUUCCUAACAGGAUCAUACGACCACACACUAAGACUAUGGGACGUCCGCACUCAAUCGUGUGUCAUGAAAGCCGACCAUGGAUCACCCAUUGAGUCCACACUAAUGUUUCCAUCCGGAUCGUCGUGUAUAUCAUCAGGCAGCAACGAUAUAAAGGUGUGGGAUGUGUUACAAGGUGGACGGAUUCUCGCCGCAGUCUCGAAUCAUCAGAAGACGAUCACAUGUCUGGCGUUUAACAGCAAUUACAGACGACUGUUGUCCGGCAGUUUAGACAGGCAAGUCAAGGUGUACAACACGCAAGACUAUACGGUUGUUUACAGUUCAAGCUAUCCGGCAUCUAUUCUAAGUCUCGGUCUCUCGCCGAACGAAGAGUCGCUCAUUGUUGGUAUGACGGGCGGCUAUAUCUCCAUGCGUUCGCGAAGAAGUGGCGACCAAGACAAACCCAUUGUGCCACGACUACCACCCACACCGGGCACGUUUCGGUAUUACCAUCGUGGUACAUCAGCUCAACCGGAUCAAGACGAUGUAAUAGUCGAGAGGAUAAAACACAGAGGCCUCGCUGAGUACGAGACAUUUCUAAGAAAAUUUCAGUAUAGAAAUGCAUUGGAUGCGGCACUGAAGACUGGACGACAUGUAGUAAUAGUGAGUCUAGUACAAGAGCUUGUGCAUCGAGAUGGUCUUAAGAUUGCGUUGUCGGGUCGUGAUGAGAUGGCGUUGGAGCCGGUUCUUAGAUUUCUGACUAAAUAUAUUGCGGAUCCAAGAUACACUGCUUUACUUUCAGACGUGUGCAACAUUGUAUUAGAUAUUUAUGCUGGUGCAGUCGGAGAAUCGCCUAAGAUCGACGAACUUCUUCAGAAACUCAAAUCAAGGAUCGAUUACGAGUUGAUCUUUCAGCAGCAAGUCUUCCAACUGCUUGGUGCGAUGGACAUGAUAUUUGCUGCAUCACUUCCUCGUCCUACUAUACCCAGUGAGACAAGAACUAGCACUGACUAACAGGUAGCAUCUAUUUUAGUAAUACAAGUUAAUAUAAUUGCUAAUGUUUAUUAAGUUAAUUAAAGUAAUUGCACAGUUAUACUCUAGACUAGUGUAAAGACUUGUAUGUGGGGUCAGUGUUACUCAACACUAUGUCAGUCAGCGUCUUCUCGUGGUAACGUCUGGGCAGUUGUCUACACUUGUGUGUGAACUGGCUAACACUGAC